AUGUCUAUCUCAAAGGGUAUCGCAUUGAUAACUGGGUCUGCUCAGGGAAUUGGCCGCAGCAUCGCUCUGCGUCUCGCACGGGAUGGCUUUGACGUUGCUCUCAAUGAUCUGCCCACCAAGAGUCCCCAGCUAGAAUCGGUAGCGACUGAGAUUGAAAGCAUAGGGAGACAAGUCUGCGUUGUUCCCGCCGAUGUGACUGUCAACGAGCAAGUCAAAGAAAUGGUCGGUGAUGCUGUCACCAAACUUGGUGGAUUGGACGUCAUGGUUGCUAAUGCCGGAGUGGUGACAGUUGCCUCGCUUAUAUCCUCAAGUGUAGAGUCAUGGGACCAUACAUCGGCAGUAAAUGCCCGUGGACCUUAUCUCUGUUACAAGUAUGCUGCCAUGCAGAUGAUUGACCAGGGGCGUGGCGGUCGCAUCAUUGGUGCCAGCUCUGUCGUGGGCAAAAUGGCCUUCCCCUACAGUUGCUCGUAUGCAGCGAGCAAAUUUGCAGUUCGAGGGCUGACUCAAGUCGCAGCUCUUGAGCUUGGCAAAUAUGGCAUUACGGUAAAUGCAUAUGCUCCUGGCGGGAUACAAACUCCUAUGACCAAGGAUAUGAUGGAUGAGUCUGGGAAGGCGGAUUUUGAAGGACUUAUUGACGAUCCUGUCUCGAGGGAGUGGAUUACAUCGUUACUUGAGAAUGUUCCUAUCAAGCAUGUCGGACAGCCCGAAGAUAUAGCUAGCAUUGUGAGCUAUCUCGCAUCGAAGGAAGCGCACUUCAUUACCGGCCAAUGCAUUUCCGUCGAUGGGGGAAUCAGCAUGACCUGAGAAGGUGCAAACAAUUGUGCGUUCUUGCUGGUGUUAGUAGCAAUAACCUUGCGCCAAAUAAUGCAACAAUUUGGUCCGGGAACACCGACCUGUCGUUGCAGAAUUGAAAUGAUCUCGAGAACAGUGAAUCCCCGUAAAAAUGACUCUAACCAUGUUCUCCCUGGACACCAUAUGAGAAACAUGGGUGGCCACGACUGGGAACAGACUGCUGUUGCUAGUACUAGGGCCAUAGGAGCUCCAAGUCCCUUUGCUUUCAGCCACACUGUUGUCACAGAUGCUACUUGGCUAACGUACGCAACUCGCGAUGGUAUCUACGUGUACCGUCAAAGCUGGUCGUGCGUUAACGUUGCAACUUUCAAAAGAGC